UUACGGCGGCGCGGCGCCCACGCGUCCCGGGUAGUCCGGGACAACCGGCGCGUCCCCGCCCGCCCGCCGUCAGCUGCUGGGCCGCCCGCCCGACAGGCCGCGCGAACAUGGCGGCCGAGAUCCACUCCAGGCCGCAGAGCAGCCGCCCGGUGCUGCUGAGCAAGAUCGAGGGCCACCAGGACGCCGUCACGGCCGCGCUGCUCAUCCCCAAGGAGGACGGCGUCAUUACCGCCAGCGAGGACAGAACCAUCCGAGUAUGGCUGAAAAGAGACAGCGGUCAGUACUGGCCCAGCAUUUACCACACCAUGGCCUCCCCUUGCUCCACCAUGGCUUACCAUCACGACAGCAGACGCAUAUUUGUGGGCCAGGAUAACGGAGCCAUGAUGGAAUUUCAUGUUUCUGAAGAUUUUAACAAGAUGAACUUUAUCAAGACCUACCCAGCUCAUCAGAACCGGGUGACUGCAAUUAUCUUCAGCUUGGCCACGGAGUGGGUGAUCAGCACCGGUCACGACAAGUGUGUCAGCUGGAUGUGCACCCGCAGUGGGAACAUGCUGGGGCAGCAUUUCUUCACUUCCUGGGCGUCAUGUCUACAGUAUGAUCAUGACACUCAGUAUGCUUUUGUUGGCGACUAUUCCGGGCAGAUCACCCUGCUGAAGCUGGAGCGGAACUCCUGUUCAGUUAUUACAACACUCAAGGGACAUGAAGGUAGCAUCGCCUGCCUGUGGUGGGACCCCAUUCAGCGGUUACUCUUCUCAGGAGCAUCUGACAACAGCAUCAUCAUGUGGGACAUCGGAGGCAGGAAAGGCCGGACGCUCUUGCUUCAGGGUCAUCAUGACAGGGUACAGUCGCUGUGCUACCUGCAGCUCACGAGGCAGCUGGUCUCCUGUUCUUCAGAUGGUGGGAUCGCGGUCUGGAACAUGGACGUUAGCAGAGAGGAGGCUCCUCAGUGGCUGGAGAGCGACUCUUGUCAGAAAUGUGAGCAGCCCUUUUUCUGGAACAUAAAGCAGAUGUGGGACACAAAGACGUUGGGGAUGCGACAGCACCACUGCAGGAAAUGCGGGCAGGCUGUCUGUGGGAAGUGCAGCAGCAAGCGUUCCAGCUACCCCGUCAUGGGCUUCGAGUUCCAGGUCCGGGUCUGUGAUUCCUGCUAUGACUCCAUCAAAGACGAAGAUCGGACUUCUCUAGCAACCUUUCAUGAAGGAAAACAUAACAUUUCCCAUAUGUCUAUGGACGUUGCUAGGGGACUAAUGGUGACCUGUGGGACCGAUCGUGUGGUGAAGAUAUGGGACAUGACACCUGUGGUGGGCUGCAGCCUGGCAACUGGAUUUUCUCCGCAUUGAUCCGGGAGCUGGGCACGUCUACACCCUAUGAGCAGCAACCUCUGCCAAAAGAAACUUCCCAUGUGGCCCCACGGUCCCUGUCAUGUGAAUGGACGCUAGCCACUUAAAACAGUCCACACUUAAAAAAAAACUGUAAAGGUGUGUCUUUGGGGACAUCUGUGGAACCUCCCCAUGGGGACUGUGGUGGGAACAGUCCUGCAGUGGUUCCCCGUGGAGUGGGAGCUCUUCAAGGAGGCUUCCUCCUGAGCAGGGAGCUGAUACAUAAUCAAAGAAUCCCCUAAGCAAUGAGGGUGUUAGAGGGGGACGCGUUGAACAGAAACAUUAAUAUUUGGGACUUCCUUAAAGCAGUCCCGAGUGCAAACUCACUGGCACUCAGACCAGCAGGCAUCCCAACUCUCCACAGCUCUCUCGUCCGGGCAGGAAUGGUCCGCAGGAGGACUGAACCUCACUUUCCUGAGGGGUGACAAUAGGAACUUAAGAAACCAGAGAUUCCUCCUGAUAUGCUGGCUGGGAAAGAAUAUUCUCUACACUUAGUUAACCACAAACUUCUCAAAGCUACCUGCUUUCUCCAAGUAGUGCCAUGGUCUCCACCUAGCAUUUGUUUGCUUUACUUGUUCCGUUCCCAGCCGGUGUGCCAUCCAUGGGCAAACCGUUCCAGUUUUAAGUUGUGAAAUUUCUAGAAUGCUGGCAGCCCAUAUUCUUUCCUUUCCCCUAAAUGUGCUUUGAGGGCAAAUAUUUUCUAUGGUGCUGUUUUCCCUGGAGUCAUGUGAACCGCCUGACUUCUUCUCACUGCAGUGGGAAGGACUGAUGGUACGUACAGCUGAGGGGAAAUGACCAGUGUGUUCCGUGAACUUGUCCAGCACUCCUGACACCUAUGUCUGGCUCCACGUGAGCAGCCACUCCAAAGCUUUUAAGCAAUGUUGACAUUAGUGGUAACUAGCAUUAUUUGUGUCUGGUGGAAGGAAAUUGGUGACCCAGACUCUGCGACCAUAAAUCACAUUGUGCAGAGUUGCUGCUAAAUCAUUGCUUUCUUGGCAUAAGUUGUCCAAAAUGGCAUUCUUUGAAGCCUUUUGCCACAGAGCACCACGAUGAGGAAGAACUGGGCAAUGGCGAGCCUAUUUUUUUAAUAUCAAAUAUUUAUGUAUGUGUGUGGGAUUUUUUUUUUUAAAUAACAGUAAAUGUAUCAUUAAUUUAGGGCUAUGGAAGUGAGUGAAGAAGAGUCUGCUUUUUAAAAUAACAAAAGUGCGUGUAUCAACAGUAUUUUUGUUAGUCUUACUAAUGGAUAUUGGUUUAAAAAAAUGAACCCUACUGCACCAGUGGAUUGGGAUCACACCGAGACAGCAUGAUUAGUUUAUAAGAUGAAACCAGGGGACUGAAUCUGUUUUAUAUACCAUUUCCUUAAAGGGACUGAAAAGCUUAUGAAAGACACAAUAAGAUGUCUUAAGGGCUACGGGGCCUGGAUGAUUUGAAAAGAGAAGGCAGCCAGGCACAUCAUGUUCUGGAUCAAUCGACCUUAAAAGUUGGUUUAUCUUCAAAAAAAUAA